AUGUCGAACAACGAACUGGAUGAUGCGGAGAAUCGUCCGCCCGUUUACGCUAACGCGGCUUUCAACGGUCGCUUGCCCACCAUCACGGGUCGCACCGUGGAGGACGUAGGUCGUAGCUCGAGGCGCGUGAGCGCAGCGACUGUCAAUCUGGGCAUAUCCACCGAUACCUGCACUGCUGUCGAAGUUGGUCGGGAAGUCAUCUUUCAUCAUCGUUUGGUGCAGCAAGUUGCGGGUUCCGACGUUGCCCCAGCUUGGUUCCUUCCGGCGUUGCAGACGGCUUUGGCACCCAUCCAAAACAACUUGACGCAGCUCAAGGAUGGCAUGACGCAGCUCAAAGAAGACGUGACGCAGCUCAAAGAAGACGUGACACAGCUCAAAGAAGACGUGACGCAGCUCAAGGACCGCGUAGACCAAGUUGGCAAGGAAACUCUCGGUAUCAAGAACGACGCGAUUCGUCGGGACAACCAGCAACGCCGCACCUUUUGUCGCACCGUUGUGUGUCCUGUUGUCAUUGAAGCUGGAGGACUUGUUGGUAUUGUGUGA